CGGCGGGGGUCCGCCCGCCCGCGCCGCCUCCCACAGCUCCUGCGGGGAGGAAAGGGGGCACCGGCAGCACCGUGCAGCCCCCCCGCCAGCGGCGCCCGGGCAGCGCCAGGCCACCCGCGCAGGCCGCCGCGCCGUGGCGGUGCUGGGGAGGAGCCGAUGGGCGGAGGCGGGGGCGGGACGCUGCCCUUCUUAUGCGGGCCCCCGGCCGGCUGCCCGCCCGCGACGGACCCGCGGCCGCCCGCGGAGCAGCGCCCAAGGCUUACAGUGAUUCACCCUGAGGAGCCUGGCUGUGCCUGUGCAACGGACUGCAGCCGCCGCUUCCCAGCGCCAGGACUCAGCUGAGCGCCCAGCCCUGAGACUUGGGGCAGCAGAGAGCCUUCGGGAGUCAGAGUGCAGAAUUAGCCCAUGAGAAAGCUCCAUCCAACUUGGCCCAAAGAUGGAGUCCCUCCCUGAGGCUGUCCUGAUCAGGAUCCUGGCUUCCAUACCUGCAGUGGACUUGGUGCUGGUGUGCCGCCUGGUCUGCUGCCAGUGGAAGAACCUGGUGGAUGGAGCUGCUCUUUGGAUCCUCAAGUGCCAGCAGGAAGGCCUCACUGGAGCAGAGUCACAGGAUAAUGCAGAGAAUUGGCAAAACUUCUACUUCCUGAGCAAGAAAAAGAGGAAUCUCAUCAAGAACCCCUGUGGUGAAGAAGACUUACAGUACUGGGAAGAGGUAGAGAAUGGAGGCGAUGGCUGGAAAAUUGAAGAGCUCCCUGGGGACUUUGGAAAAGAAUUCCCUAGCGAAGAAGUCCAUAAAUACUUUGUUACAUCCUAUGAGUGGUGUCAAAAGUCUCAGGUCAUUGAUCUUCGGGCUGAGGGCUACUGGGAAGAGCUGAUGGAUACAACCCAGCCUAAAGUUGUGGUAAAGGACUGGUACGCAGGACGCAGUGAUGCCGGCUGCCUUUAUAAGCUUGGUGUGAAGCUGCUCUCAGAGAACGAGGAUGUGCUGGCCGAAUACAAGAGUGAAACUAUUGCCAUCCCACAGGACAACGAUGCUGACUGGACUGAGAUCUCCCACACCUUUUCCAACUAUGGGCCUGGGGUCCGCUUUGUCCGCUUUGAACAUGGUGGCCAGGACACGGUGUUCUGGAAGGGAUGGUAUGGCGUACGUGUUACCAACAGCAGCGUGACAGUGGAGCCAUAGCCAUGCUGAACUGGGUCCUGGAUCCUGCUUGCUGGAACCAAUCUCCCUCAGGGCAUCCCACAGGCUUUGGAUGAUUUCUGCAUGGUGCUGCUUCCCGGCUAUAAAAGCGUAUUACUUCUGUGUGUGAAUGGGUGCGCCAAAUGCUGGAGGAGACCAGUCUUUCCUCAAAGGGACUAUGCAAAGAAUGAAAGACUCAUGAAUGCACUACAUGAGACUGGGCCUCACCAUUUGCACUGAUGUUCUGUCAGACCCGGGGUCACCUAGAAAUCCUGCAGACUUUAUCUCUCUUUGGGCUGGUAGCACCUCAGCCAUUCAACCACCAUCUCUAACAUCCAGCCAGAGGUAGGCACUCCCUUGUCUGCUUCCUAGACUUGGGCACUAUUAACUAUGAGGAGACUUUAGGCUUAUUUCUAUAAGGAAAAACAGGAAAAAAGAAACAUUGUCCUUGAGUCUCAGAACCAAACCAGGAAACCUAGAGCCCUGUACCUCUCCACCCUGACUGCCUCCAUGACCUGUGGUAAGCAUCUUAGCUUCUCCCAUCUAUUAACCAUGGAUGUCAUUGCCUGUCUCGCAUGACCUGUAGCUUGUCUGCCAAGUGCUCUUCUGGAUUCCUGUUUUAGUAUUUAGUGGUGAUAAUGCAAAGCAACAAGGUUUGGACCCUUGUCUCUUACACCGCUCCCAACAUUCAUUUAUUAGGGAAGCUUAGGAACUGAAACCACUCUGCUGCCCUCCUCGGGGCUUCAUUUGGCACUCUCAACAGAAUGCAACGGAAAAUAAUACCCUGGAGAGAGACAAGGCCUUAGGGAAAUAGAUGAGCAGAAAAUUGAGGAAAUGGCCCAGGAACAAAUGAAAGCAAACUCAUCUACCCCUUCCUGGCCUCUGCAUACUGCACACAAGCACCCUGGGUCAAAUCCGGCAUGGCUCUCUGCAGGCAGGAGAUUGCUGCAACAUUCUCCAUACAAAAAGCUGCUGUUAAGCUCCACUUGGUCUUGGUUCCUCCUGCCUAGUAACAGUGUCUGCAAAAAGUACAUGUCUGCCUUCGCUCCGUAUGCUCACUGACGAGACAGCACACCAUACCUACUCCCACUAGUGCCUCUUGAUACUACUUAGGGCUGUGAGCCACCAUGCUGAACAGACACCCAAGCUUCCCUGGGCCACGUCCAUCCCCGCCAUUCAGUCCUCUCAGGACAGCAGGGCGGAUGUUGCCUAGAGAUAUGUGCUUCCAUUUUCAUCUGAACUGCCAAGGCAGAGGGCAUACCUGAAUGCCACUUUGCAUCAAAGUACACCAUUACAAAUGCUAUGCACUAGUAUUACCUGUAGCCAGAAGUGAGAGCUGAGCUGGUCACUGCUUCAUCAGGCUUUCCGCAGGCUGCUGCACCUGGAUGCCUCGGGCACACUGGCCUUCCAAACUACAGCCAUGCAAAGCCAGAGUCCCGGUGAAUAUAAUAAAUGACACAGUUGUGUGGA